AUGUGUGUGCCAUUUACUCUCUCUCUCUCUCUCUCUCUCUCUCUCUCUCUCUCUCUCUCUCUCUCUCUUGUGCUGUUGCAUCGGCUUGAACACGAGAGACCGGAUUCGCACGAUGCCGAGAAGGCGUGCACGAACCCCAUCAUGGCCAAUUACACUGCCCCGGGCUGGGCUAGCGCCUUUCAUGGCCUGACUCACUACGACGAGCACCUCAAAGUCUACUCCAACACAUCUGGCGCCAACCUUGAGCUGAAUGAGACGUACCUUGAUUCGCUGGGCGUGUUUGCCGCACCCUUUGUGGCUUUGGCCGCGCUCCUCUUCCUUGUGGAUCUCGGCAUUAUGAUUGCCGCCGCAUGCUGCUGUUGCCGCCGCCAGGUCACCAGCAUGGGCUGCUUCAAUCUUAUCCGAGGCCUCAUCGUCAUUGCCUGCAUCAUCGGCAUUGUUGCUUCCCUGGGAGGAUUGUACCCGUCCAUGGAACUGGCCAGCGUCGUUGAACGUUCCAUCUCCGAUUGUCAGGACCUGCACGAAAGCUACAUUGAAGCUAAACAAGAUCUUACCGAAAAUCGAGACGAUGUAUCGAGUGUGGCACAAAGCAUCACAUCCUUGGCCCAAACUCUGGAAGAAGCAGGGGCGGAUGAAAGGGUCGUCAAUGAGUGUCGGGCCGAAGCACAAAGCGUAGCCAACGUGGCAUCUCAGUUGCAACGCGUACUCAACGAAUGCCCCAACCUCAAUCUCAACCCGUAUUACCACGAUGCACGUGAGGCCGAUCAUUACCGCCGCAUUGGUGAAUACUCUUGGACUGGAUUGACGACCCUUUGGGUACUUCUCUUUUUUUCGAUCAUAUUUGUCCGCCGUCCCGGCGUUUUCAAAGCCGUCAUGGGCUUCAGCUUGCUGGUGUUGCUGUUGGCUGGCAUCCUGGCGGGUGCUUUCUUUGCAGCGACCGUGGGCUAUGCCGAUGUGUGCGUCGCCCCCGUCGAUCUCAUCGCCGCCAAUGUGGAUAACGAGAACGUCAACUACUAUCUGUAUUGCAACGGCUCUCUCAGCCCAUACGAGUCCUACUACGAGCAAAUUGACCAAACCUUUGCUCAGGCUAAUGCCACACUGGCCCAGGUUGCAGCAUACAUUGAACGCAAUGGCAGCUCCGCUGCCAAAGCACAGCUCGCCAAAGCUGAGACUCAGUACUUUACGCUUGUUCAAGACGUGGCCACGACUGAGAGCCAGAUCUCAUGCUCCACCUUCUACGCCCGCUAUGUGGACCUCCUCGACAACGUUUGCAAGAGUGGCGGCAGUUGGUUCAUGUAUACGGCGGUGGCCAAAGCCCUGCUCUUCUUGUCCGCCAUUUUGGCCAUCACAUUUGCUCUUUUGGGCUGCAAGUGGUUCAAGCUCUCGCGCAAGGAACGUCUCUGGGUCGAAGGCGAAGAGGCGGCCCGCCCCCUGCUCGAUAUGCUGACACGCCCUCUAUUGCACUCCACCAUGUUAUCCAAUGCGUCGAGCAUUGCGUUCACGGCCUCCAUCAAUGACGCCGAGGCCAAUUUGUGCUCUUACUGCUACGAUCGCAAAGUCAAUCGAUCCUUCCGUCCCUGUGGCCAUGUGGCUUGCGCGGAGUGCGCCACGACGAUCAAAAACCGGAAUUCGGGCUGCCCGCAGUGCCGCGCUCUGAUCGAGGAUGUGACACCCAUCUUCUUGUGAAAACAAAGCAAGUUGAAAUGAAUCGGGUGACGUGUCGUCGUUGUUUUUUCGUUUUGUUUUUGUUUUUUUUUGUAUCUUUUUGAUUUUUUUUAACAUGUAAACUUGCAAGAUCUGCGCUUGAGGUCUGCAAGAUGUUGGGACAUGCCUUUUCCAUUUUAUUGUUGCUGUGUAUCGUCUUAUCGUCAUGAGCGGCCACUCGAAUCCCGUGGCUGCAUCAGCUGUGUGCGCGUGCGUUGUUACGAGUGCCAAUCAAUAUGCGAUGAAGGC